CUUCUUAAUAUGGCUGCAGUACAGACAAGGCGGAGGAAGAACGGUGGUGGUCACGUGACUUGACGAUCCGGAAGAGAAAAGCUGGCUCUGCUUUCUUGUUAUUUAUUCUUCGGUUCUCCUGUUGGUAUUGGUUCUCUGUGGGACCCGUCGUCCUACAAGAUGAGCUGUUGUACUCUGGAUGAGGAGAAAUUCCGUCACUGCUGCCAGCUCUUCCUGCUACAGUCAAAACAGCUGAGAGAUGGAUGGAGAUGGGAAGUGGUCCAGGGUUCAGAAGAGGGCUAUCUGAAGAAGACGGCUCUUAGGUCAGUUACUGUUGGCUCAAACCCACUACAGAAACCAGAAGGAUCCAGCUCAGAGUUAAAGUCACACAUUUCCCGUCACGCCGGCCUUGAACCAGAGUCUGUCCCUGUAACCCCAGUCGAUAGUCAUAAUAUCAAAGGCAACAUAGAUGAGGAAGAUGACGGCGUCUGCACAGUGACUGAAAGCAGCAGCCAGGUGCUUCAGUAUGAAUAUCAUAUCCUGUACUCCUGCAGCUACAGCACUCCUGUGCUGUAUUUCAGAGCCUUCACUCUAGAAGGGAGGAGUCUGAGUUUAGAGGAGGUGUGGCGUUUCAUUCAUCCAAAUUUCAGACUUCGUCUCCAGAGCAGUCCUCUGAAUAUGAUCAGUCAACAGGAGCAUCCACUGCUUGGUCAGCCUUUCUUUAUGCUCCACCCCUGUAGAACAGAGGAGUUUAUGAGGCCUGUGCUGCAGGCAUCUGAGGACCUGAACAGGCCAGUGAACUAUGUGCUGUCAUGGCUCAGUGUGGUGGGACCUGUGGUGGGUCUGGAUAUUCCUCUAAAGUACUCCACCCAGCAGGAUGAGCCCGACUGAACCUGCACCUGCUUUUCUGCACUUUGUGCCAGCCAGCAGCACUGUGGAAUCUGUGUUUGCACACUGGGUGACCAGCCAAGCAAAGCAAACUUUGUCAUUUCCUCAAGAUGUCAAAGAGGUGCUUGGUCAUGACAUCAUUUUGUUGAAUUGAAUGAAAGGGAUUGUCAGCUAAAUGUAUGUAAACUUCUGCCGGACUGGAAUUGUGUAAAAUAAGUAAUUUACUCCACUACAUGUCAGUGGAAAACAUUGUACCUUCUUUUGUGUUUCUUAAUGUCUACUUAGAAAACUAACAAGGAUCAGCUCAGGAAGGAAUCAUGUUCUGUCCCCUAGAAAAUGAACAUACUUUACAUACAGCAAACCCUGUAAAGAUACUGGACACAAAGGUACAAAUAUCUAUAUUCACAGUCAAACAAGUCUUACAUCUACAUAACCUGAAAGAUCACGCAGCAAGAUGCCAUUGCUUCAAAACUGCCAUAAAAAAGAAAGACUACUGAUCUGGAGGACAAUGGGCAUGGCUGAGUACGUCAUCCUGACUAUGAAGCACAGGGGUGGCAGCAUCAUGUUGUUGGAGAUCUUUGGAGCAAGAGUGACUGGUGUACUGAAAAUAGUGGCUUCCUAAGUAGGAAGAUUAAGUGAAUUUAUUCAAGAAACAUAUGGAGACAUCAGUUAUGAAGCUGAAGCUUGGUUGCAAAAAGGUCUUCCAAAUGGACAAUGGCCCCAAUUAUACAUUCAAAAUUGUGGCAAAAUGUCUAAAGGACAACAACGUAGGGAUAUCAGAGUGACAGAACAUUUGUAGGCCGAAUUUAAGAAAGCAUGUGUGAGCAAGGAGGCAAAAAAAAAUCCGACUUAGUACUAUCAGUUCUGUCAGGAAGAAAAAUCUUGUAGCUUGCUUUAAGAAUCUUGUGGAACGGUACCCCAAAUGUUUGACUCAUGUUAAUCAAGUCAGUGCUACCAAAGAAAAAGUGUAUGUAAACUUAAAAAGUUUAAAAAUUGGAACAAAUCUUUCCCUCUACUAUUGUGCGUACAUUUCACAUUCAUCUCUAAAAGUAGUGAUCUUAACUGAAUUAAGACAGGGAUCAUUGAUUUCCAGGAUUAAA